UCAUUUCCAUUGCUCCUCGGCGUUUUAAAACUCCCGCACUCCGUAACCAUUCUUGCAACCGCGAGUGAGAGAGCAAGCCGAAUAUAACUAUGAUUAUCAAUGCCCAAAAGGGAAGCUUUUGACGACUAGGGAAGAGAAUAUAGGAGGUGAGGUUUCGGUUCAGUGAUCCCGACGAUGCUUGUUUUUUGGAUGCGCUUUUCAUCUUCUUACUUUUGUUGUUAUCACCGAGUCAUUGGAAGAGUUUGAAAUUAUGGCUAUAAAUCAUGGAGAUGAUAUGCACAAGUUAGAAGUCAAAGCAAGUGCUUGUGAUACGGGAUCAAAAGAGAAUGGGAUGGAAAGAGAUGACCAUUAUACAGACAUCGAAAUAGAAGAUAAACACGGAAAUGAAGUAGACUCGGAUUAUGAGCCAGCAAAAGAUUCUCUUUCAUCACAUAGUAAUGAAGAUGGCAAGGUAAAAAGGAACUCCAGAGUUCCCAAAAAACUUUCAAAGAAAGAAUCGGGUGAAAGCUAUCUUCGCCCAACUAAAGUUAGCAGUAAUCGUCAAGAACAGAAGAAGCUGCAGUUUAGGACAUCAAAUAAUGGAUCCAAGAGAUCUCAAAAGCCCACUAAGGUUGCUUCCACCCACAAAAGCCUUGACAAUAAAAAACCAGAGGAUGCCACAUUUCCUUCAAGACCUUCAUCUGAAGUAUCAGAGGAAAUUGAUGAUAAGACUAUUGAAGAGGUCAAGGAGAUAGAUGUAGAUGAUGCUCCUGUUUGUGAUCAAAGCGGUGGAACUGAUGACUCCGUUGCUGAUACGGAAGAGAACAACCUUGAUGAUGACAAGGUGUGUGCUUAUCAAAAGAUUGAAGAUAUGGAACUCAAAAUUGAGAAGCUUGAAGAGGAGCUCAUGGAAGUUGCUGCACUUGAGAUUUCUCUUUACUCGGUGGUACCAGAACAUGGAAGCUCAGCACAUAAGAUCCAUACACCUGGGCGACGUCUUACUAGGCUAUACAUUCAUGCCUGCAAGCAUUUGAGCCAGGACAAGAGGGCAAGUAUUGCUAAGAACAUAGCUUCAGGGCUUGUUUUGAUUGCCCGAUCCUGCGGAAAUGAUGUGCCUAGGUUGACUUUUUGGUUAUCAAACAUUGUUUUCCUAAGGGGGAUUAUUACUCAAACUUUUGGUCAUUUAUCUCCAUCAAGUAUGAUUAUGAGAUCUUCAGAUUCAAAUAGUUCAAACAAAUCGGCCAGUAAACUACAAUCUCUGAAAUGGAAAAACAUCUCUGGGGGUAAGCAAGGAAAGAUGCUUUGUCUUGUGCCCAAACUAGACGAUUGGCAGGAGACGAGCACAUUUAUAGCUGCACUUCAAAAGAUUGAGUCUUGGAUAUUCUCCAGGGCUGUUGAAUCAGUUUGGUGGCAGGCCUUGACUCCACACAUGCAGCCUCCAGUUGAGGAUUUUUACCAAAUAAAAGGAGUAGGCAAACUGUUAGGGCCUGCUUUGGGCGAUCCUCAGCAAGGAAAUUUUUCUGUUGAUUUAUGGAAGAGUGCCUUUCACGAUGCAUUCUCUAGGCUUUGCCCUGUUCGAGCUGGGAGGCAUGAGUGUGGUUGCUCGCCUGUGUUGUUAAGACUGGUAAUGGAACAGUGUAUCAAUAGAUUAGAUGUAGCCAUGUUUAAUGCCAUUUUGCGGGAAUCAGCAAAUGAGAUUCCGACAGAUCCAGUGUCUGACCCUAUUGUUGAUCAAAAAGUUCUUCCGGUUCCUGCUGGAGAUUUGAGCUUUGGAUCUGGCGCUCAGCUUAAAAAUUCUAUUGGCAGUUGGUCUAGAUGGCUAACUGAUUGGUUUGGCAUGGAUGUGGACAAUUCUGUUGACGAUGAAGGAAUUGAUAACAAGGAUGAUGAUAGAACAACAAAGGAUACUAAAUCCAAAUGCUUUGGUCUCCUCAAUCAGCUCAGUGAUCUUUUGAUGCUUCCUAAAGAUAUGCUUCUUGAGAGGAAAAUAAGGAAAGAGGUGUGCCCCUCGAUUGGUUUGCCCUUAUUAACACGGAUAUUGUGCAACUUCACCCCUGAUGAGUUCUGUCCAGAACCUGUGCCGGGUAUUGUCCUUGAAGAGCUUAACUCUGAGUCUCUAAUAGAGGAAAGACUAUCAGACAAUGAACACCAAAACAACAAUUUCCCAUUUGCCGCUUCUCCGGUCGCAUACUCCCACCCCAACCUUUCUAAUUUGGCCUUAAAGGUGGCAGAGUUUGAUGCCCAGUCCUCAAAUUUGCAGAGGAAGACAUCAAUGGCGCAGAGGAAGGGCUAUACCAGCGAUGAAGACUUUGAUGAUCUGGAUGAUCCCCUUGCCUCCAUAAUUGAACGAACUCCUCCAGUUUCCCCAGCAAUAUCAGGAGAUAAGGCCAUGCAAAACUCAUUAUCAAGCGUGAGGCACAAACUCCUACGUGAUGUGUGGUGCGAGUGAGCACUUUCAUGCUUGAUUGUUUGUAAGAUAUGAGGUAUAUAGUAUUAUCUGUAUAUCUGUCUUGUACGAAAGCUUUAGGUUCAGUUUAGAUUAUUUUCUAAAACUCUGCGUUGUUGCGCUUGUUGAGAAUCAGAUUUACUUGGAUUGCUCGCCAAAAAGCUGCCGUUGGGUAGCAAGAAGGUGAAAUUGUUUUUUAGAAGGAAAAGAGAAUCUAUGUAGUAUUAUUGUUGUAGAUUGUAGAAUUCUUCCCAUACUUUCUUUUGUCUGAUGGAAUAGCUUAUUGAUAGAAUGUAUGCAAGGUGAGGAUUGCCAGCUGCUUAAAGAACUUC